CGUCCCCAUCGGCCGCCGAAUUUCUGCUGUCUUGUCGAAUUGAAGGUAUUCCCACCCAGGUGUAGUGGCCUCGGUAGCAGCUGGCGGCCUGCUCAAAGUGGUCAGGGCGAGUUUGUGACGUGAAAGGGACUUGGUGGCUCACUGUUGUUCCUUUUCCCAGCUCCGAUAAACAGACGUAGCGUCCCGUCGAACUGCCUUUGUUCGUCCACAGUACAGUACAAGACUGCAACCAGACACUUUUACCGAAGAUGGCGUCCCUUCCCAAGGAGAUGAAGGCUCUCAGGUAUGAGAAGCCCGAGGACUUUUCCAUUGUCACGGUCCCUCUACCGAAGCUGCGGGACAACGAUGUCUUGGUCCAAGUCAAGGCCUGUGGUGUUUGCGGCACAGAUCUACACAUCCACGAGGGUGAAUUCAUCGCCAAGUUUCCCCUGAUUCCGGGACACGAGACUGUUGGCGUGAUCGCUGCCAUUGGCAAAGAUGUCAAAGGCUUCGAGAUUGGCGAUCGUGUUGCCGCUGAUAACAGCGAGCUCUGCAACGAGUGCUUCUACUGCCGACGUGGCCAAUUGCUGCUGUGUGAAAACUUCAAUGCCCACGGCGUCACCAUGGACGGCGGCUUCGCCGAAUACUGUGCCUAUCCCGCCGCAAAGGUCUUCAAAAUCCAUAACCUGAAUUGGGUCGACGCCACCCUCCUCGAACCCGCCUCCUGUGCGUGCCACGGUCUGGAGAAGAUCCGGCCCAAGUUGGGAUCUCACGUCCUCAUGUUCGGCGCUGGUCCUACUGGUCUCAUGCUUGCUCAGCUGUUGCGUCAGAACGGAGGCUGCCAGGUCACAAUUGCGGCCCCUCAGGGUCUCAAGAUGGAGCUGGCCAAGAGCCUCGAUGCAGCUGACACCUAUAUAGAGCUGUCCCGCGAGAAUCCUAGCGCACAGUUUGACAAGCUGAAGGCCGAUAACCCAUAUGGCUUCGACAUUGUCGUUGAGGCCACGGGUUCCGUCAAGAUUCUGGAGGACUCUAUCAACUAUGUUCGCCGCGGCGGCACGCUCGUAGUCUAUGGUGUCUAUGCCAACAAGGACAGAGUUUCGUGGCCGCCGUCAAAGAUCUUUGGUGACGAAAUUACCAUCAUCGGUUCCUUCUCCGAGACUUACAUGUUCCCUGCCACGAUUGACUACCUUGACUCGGGCAAGGUCAAGACCAAGGGCAUCGUUAACAAGACGUUCAAGCUUGAGCAGUUUGGGGAGGCCCUGCAAAGCAUCAAGGACAAGACUGCCAUCAAGGCCGCGAUUGUGUUCGACUAGAUUGAUGACUUGCCAGGAGGCGGCACGGAAGUCGCUUGGUGGAUAGCUGCUUCAAUUGACGGCGUAUGAGCGUCACGGUCAAUGCCACAAUAUGGGGGUGUAGAGUAGCAUUUACUUAGGCCAUAGACCUGAAGGGACGCGGUCGAAACCUGGCAUAGACGAUGAGG